CAGUUCAGUUCUAAUUCGGUGCUAGUGACGAGUGGUUGAUCGUUUCGUGCAGAACUUCGGGUCACAAUUGGUACCCCCGUUGCUGUGAAUUACAGCCAAUUUUGGAACCAUUGUUAAAUUGAAUUGAGUCAUCUCAAAAUCGCGAAGAGGGCGUUUCGGUUGCCGUGACCUUGGAGCCGAAGAAAUUUGUUUGUUUUCUCAACGAGGUGCUGCUUCUUCACUGUUGAAAAAAUAAGUGUAUAAGACAAUGGCAACGGCCAAAGAAUCGCGUCGGAGAUGCACCAGACCGGAAACGAGGGGCAAAUUUUAAAACGUUGUGCACUGCAUGUUCAAGUCUGCUGGAGGAUUAAUUGUGCAAAUAUAGUUUGCAAGAGUGAUAAAGUUUUUAGAAGAAGUGCUUAAAUCUUUAAAACAGUGUGGCCUGGCGACAAAAAUAACGAUUUCGAAACGCCACCACAAUCAAUUCGUGGAUUAGCGAAGGUUAAUUGGUGACGGAUUGGUGACCAUCUCUUCCGCGAAUUUCAAACGGUUUUACCCCGGAUAACACACACAAAAAAAGCGUAGCAAAGCGGCGGCGGCUGUGGCAGAACAAAACAAAAAAGAGCCGGAAUAAAACACAAAUCACUGAUCCAUUCAUUCAACCACCACUGAGCUGAACUAGCCCGGGCUGGAGAGUGAAAAGCGUGGAGCGUGAACUUUUUGUGUCGGCUGGAAAAGUGAAGCUCGGCAUAUAGUCAAAGACUUGGAGUCGAUCAGCAUGUCGAACCUAAUCAGGUCCUAUGUUUUAUCAACUGAAGUUCACUAUUAGUACCGAAGUCAUGAUCGCGGUGAGAUCAUUGCUUUACAGGUUCACGCUAGGAAUAUUACUGUUAGCUACGCGGAGUACAACACGGGCCCAGAUACAAGAUGUCACCAUUGUUCUCAGCCAGGGAACGAUUGUUGGGCUCAAAGUAUUUCCAGAAACAUCCAGAAUACCGGUCUUCACCUACCUAGGAAUCCCAUACGCGAAACCUCCGCUGGAUGAGCUGCGAUUCACACCCCCAGUGCCGAGUCCGGGAUGGAACAGAACUUUGUACGCCCGAGACUUCAAACCCAUCUGCCCACAGUUAGAACACAACAGUUACGACGAUGUGGAUUCCCAAGGUCACUACAAGUUCCGCGAAACGAGCGAGGAUUGCCUUUACCUAAAUAUCUGGAUGCCAGAGACGGCCAUUCGCUACGGAGGUUUUCCGGUGCUGGUCAUGAUCACCGGCGAAGAAAUGGCUUUCGAUUGGUCCAUCAAUCGGGCUACUGGUCUUGAUCUUGCGUCUGAUGGAAUCAUUGUAGUUACAGUUCAGUAUCGAACCAAUGUGUUUGGUUGGCUGUCCCUAGGACAAAAGUAUGCACCAGGAAAUCUUGGUCUUCUCGAUCAGCAGCUGGCCUUGGUUUGGGUUAGGGAUAACAUUCAGAAGUUUGGAGGCGAUACCAACAGGAUCACGCUACUAGGUCAUGGAACUACCGGAGGACCAAACGUAAUGACCCACAUGGUUAGUCCCAUGACUCGAGGGCUGUUUUCCAAGGCUAUCGUAAUGUCGGGCACAAUCUUCUCGCCGUAUUCUCGCGUGAACACAGAUCGUGGUUUAUCCGAUGAAAUUGUGAAGAUCCUAGCGUGUAAUUACGAUAUCGGGCGUAACGUUCUGAAGUGUUUGCAACAGAAAAGUGUUCAUGACCUCCUCAAGGCUUACGAGUACGUCUACCGAAAUGGGAACUACACGGUCAACCUGGGUCCGAUCGUAGACGAUUAUCUUCCUGUGAUGGAGCGUUACAUUCUGGACGAUCCUCGGGCGUUGUUCGCAUCCAAGUCGUUCAUCAUAGAAGAUAUGCCGAUCAUGUUCGGGAUCACUAGCAACGAGGGUGGCUUCAUGCUGAACAGGUGGCUCGACUUUGCCAAACAAGGUCAGGACUAUCUGCGAAAGUACAUCAAUGAAACGAUGAUACCGAACAUUUUGGAACAGUACGAUUUCGACGGGGUUGGACGGAAUCAGAUUCGUGAAACCAUCAACUGGCGGUUCUUCGACCAGAUUCCGGACACCACUGCGCACCUGCUCCACUCAAUCAUCAAGCUGACAACGGAAACUAAAUUUGAAAUUCCGUUCUACAAAACGCUGGAAGUGUUCAGCAUGACCUCUGCCGAUCAAACCGAUCAGGAUCCUACAUUGAACGACGAAUCUCUACACCAGCAAGCCCUUCGGGGUGGUGGCAACCUUUACGUCUACCUCUUCCAUCAUUCCAACUCGAUGGAUAUGCGAGGCAAGAUCAACUAUUUUGGUGGGGCUUCCCAUUCUUCCGACCUGCCGUUCCUGAUGGGACCCAGUUUGUUUCAGGAAAUUGGCCGAAAAAGGCUGUCUCAAUCCGAGGAUAAGCUGUGUAAGAAAAUACGAGCGUUGUUCACCGAGUUCAUCAAAGUUGGCGAUCCAACGCCCGGUCGUAAGAUUGACUCGUGGACACCGUACACCGAGAACCUCAAGUACAUCAAACUGAUCUCCACGCGAGCGGAGAACCUCUUCCAAAACGACAAACACAGUCUGGAAACCAGUUUCGAAGACAACAUCAAAACUAUCGAAUCCAAACUGCUGAACGUGAACCAGGAUGACGCCCCCAACCCAGAAAAUCCCUACCUCUUGGGUCACAUCAACCUGGACGACCAGGAGAGCUCCCGCUCGUCCAAAAGCGCCAUCUACCUGGACAAUACCAAAGAUUCCGAGUACUUCCAUUACCUUCGCCGAAUCGACAGCUUCUGGUUCGGAUUCCUACCGAAGCUGUCUCAUAUUAUGAACGCCACCGACCAGGAACGACUUCGGAACCGACGGAUCGAUCUGAUCCUCGAAGAAGAGCAGGAACUCUUCCGUGAGUCGUCCGAGGCAUCCCGCUACAAGCAUGCCUUUUUUUCUAUGCUAACCCUAGUCUGCAUGCUACUAGCGGUGCUGUGCGUCUGCGUCUACGUCCUGAAAAAGAAUACGAACACAAGCUUUACCAACAUUUUAUGACACAAGUUCUUCUUCCGGUCGAAGUUGUUCGAUCGGAAGAACCGCUCGAAAAAAGCGGGAGUGAGUGAUAGUGCGGCGGAAGACGAUGAGUUCAACAUUACCGGCAUCAGCCACCGGAUCAAGACGACCACCGCAAGUGGAACGUCGACGAGCCGAGUGGUGCGGAACAAUCCGUUGUACGGAGAGAACUUCAAGAGGUUCGUCGCUGGAGGUGAGAGUUUGGGGGCCAUCAGUUUCGGUGCUAGUGCUAGCAAUAAGAGUGUCAUUGGAGGUUUGAGAACAGUGGAAGGAUCUUCGGUGAGUGGUGCUCGCCGAGGGAAUAACGAAUUCGGGGAGAACGUAAAUGCUAUACUGACCGACUUGGACGAAGAACUGGAGGUCAGAAACUGGCGGUAUCAACUUUCCAAUGACCAUUUCUAGAGUGUAAGAUGUGUGUGAUAGGUGUACUUGGAUAGUUUUA